AUGGCGAAGACGUCCGAAGCGAGGUCCGGGCCGAGACCAGCUGCGAAGCCAAAGGUUCGCUUUGACCCCAAGGAGGCCUCGGCUGAAGAUGAGCUGGAGGAUUAUUACGAGAAGUUGAGCGAAAUUUCUCGGAGACUCUGCCAGGGAGUCGAGGCCAAGGACGAGAGAGCCUUGCAAUGGUCUCGACUGCUGGAUGCGUCCUUGAACUUCAAGCUGCCGUGGAGGGACAGAGAAGUCCACCUGCGGGUGCUGUACCACUGCUUGUAUGGCCUUGUGGACACGAAAGUGUUUCCCAGCGUGCCUACUGCGCUGCUGACGCAGCCCUGCUCGGUGGAGGGGGCGGAGACGCGUGUCGAAGCCAACAUUGAGAGCCUGCGCAUUUCUCUGCCGGAGGCGCUGAAACAGCUCUCCACUCAGAGGCAUCCUGGCGCCUACUUCCUCCUCACCUGCCACCUGGGCAAGGAGCGUCUGCCUGCCUGCCAGGGUUUUCCCUGGCUCACCUUUGGAGUUCUGCUGCUGCUGCUUGGGGUCCUCUGCGGCCCCAACAGGGCCGAACGUCCGGUGGCGGUGCGAUCACAAACCUGGAGCGAGGCCGUGAGUCCAAAGCAGCAAAAGGUGAGCCACUUCCCCACUGCGCAAGCGGGUGCCGCGCAGACAGCCGCUGCCGCUCCUCUGCUGCUCGGAGGUGCCUUGCUCGUGACGCUGCGCCGGACGGCUUCCAGUCGGACCCAGGACUGGAGUCUGCUGCUUUGCCUGGGUAUGUUGAGCCUCGGCGCCGCGAAAAGUGAUGUGCGCUUCAGACACGAGAGUACGCAUUUCUCCGCAAGCUGCGUCACAAGCUGCGAAGGGCAGGAUGCCGAGAGGGGCUCAACGAGCCUGGCCCUGCCACUGCCCCGCGAGCCUCCCGCUACGUGUCUCCUCACGCAGGUCAUCAACGGCUCCUCCUGUGCUGUCCUAGGAUGCAGAAGAUAA